AUGGCACAAAAUUACGUAGACUUAGCGCCAUGGAGGUUGUACUUCGACGGUUCAAGACAUAAGCAUGGAUCUGGGAUAGGAGGAGUCAUAAUUCCUCCAGAUGGAAUUCCAGCAAAGUUUAAAUACAGAAUCGAAGGGGUAUGCACAAAUAAUGAAGCAGAAUAUGAGUCACUGAUCACAGGACUUGAACUACUGCUAGAAUUGGGGGCAAGGAAUGUCGAAAUUAUGGGAGACUCGGAGUUAGUGAUUAAGCAAGCAUCGAAAGAAUAUAGGUGUGUUAAAGAAAAUUUGAUCAUGUAUUUUGUGGUUACCAUCAGAUUACUCAAGAAGUUUGAGCAAGUCAACCUCCAUCACAUACCACGAAAAGAGAACCAAAGAGCAAAUGAUUUGGCGCAGGAGGCUUCAGGGUACAAAGCGGCGAAAGACCAGGAUGAAGAGGUCCAAGUAAGAGAGAAAGUACGAGCGACACUGUUAUCGCCAUCAGAUUUGUCUAUUAUAAAGUUGGGAGCCGUAGAUAAAUAUCAUUUUGAAAUUUUGACCGUCGACGACGAGAGGGAAAGUGAUUGGCGUAAACCGCUAGUCGAUUAUUUACGUAAUCCUGUAGGGUCGACAAAUCGAAAGAUAAAAUACAGGGCCCUUAGCUACGUUUUGAUGAAUAAUGAACUAUUCAAAAAGACAGUUGAAGGAGUGUUACUAAAAUGCCUGGGAGAAAGCGAGGCAUAUGUGGUUGUGUCUAGCGUACAUAGUGGAGCGUGUGGGGCGCGCAUCAAGCGGGGUUGA